GUUUGUGAGAUGCUUUUGGCGGCGAUCGCGCGUUGGGCGGGUUUUGGGGGCGCUGCCGUUGAGACCGCUGAGACCCCCUCGACCUGCCUGCAAAAAUCGAUCCGCAAAAGGGAGUAGUGCAGUAGAGAGUUCUUUCCGUGAUGUCCUCGCUGGUGGAAAUGGAAAUGUGCCGCUUUUACCACUCGUGUGUGUUACACUAGUCAAAAAGUGUCGGCCCUGUGGACUAACCUGUGACUUCGCCAGACUAUCAACAUGACCAAGGACAGGCUCGCCGCCCUAAAAGCGGCACAAGGUGAAGACGACGUUUCCGUCACAGUAGAAGAUGGGGCAAAUUUCAUGGAAGAAUUCUUUGCAGAGGUGGAGGAGAUUCGUGAGAAUAUCGACAAAAUACAAGCAAAUGUCGAAGAAGUCAAGAAAAAACACAGUGCCAUUUUAUCAGCUCCACAGACUGAUGAGAAGGUCAAGCAUGAGCUGGAGGACCUUAUGGCCGACAUCAAGAAGACUGCCAACAAAGUACGGGCCAAGUUAAAGGUCAUGGAGCAGAACAUUGAGCAGUUGGAACAGACGCAAAUGAUGUCCGCAGACUUCAGGAUACGCAAGACACAGCAUUCAAUGCUGUCUCAGAAGUUUGUGGAAGUGAUGACAGACUACAACAAAACCCAAACAGAUUACAGGGAGAGGUGCAAGGCUCGCAUUCAGCGGCAACUAGAAAUCACUGGGCGUAUGACAACCAACGAAGAGCUUGAAGAGAUGUUGGAGAGCGGGAACCCUGCCAUCUUUACACAAGGAAUCAUCAUGGAGACGCAGCAGGCGAAGCAGACGCUGGCUGACAUCGAGGCCCGGCAUGCAGACAUCAUCAAGCUGGAGACGAGCAUUCGGGAGCUACAUGACAUGUUCAUGGACAUGGCCAUGCUCGUAGAAAGCCAGGGAGAGAUGAUCGACAGGAUUGAAUACCAUGUAGAGCAUGCACGGGACUACAUCGAGACUGCCAAGCAGGAUACCAAAAAAGCACUCGUCUACCAAAGCAAGGCCCGAAGGAAGAAGAUCAUGAUCCUCAUCUGUGUGGUGAUACUGGUGAUCAUCCUGGUGUCCACACUGGGCAGCUGGCUCGGCUUGUCCUAAGGACAGGCCCCGCCUGCCGCCAGGAACAGCGCGCCCCGCUUCCCCACCUUCUCCAGCGCUCUCGCCGCACUGUCCGCCCAGAGAGGUGCCCGCGCGGCACAGGCCACCACCCGACCGACGACGACCCAGCAGCCUUGCGGAGAGGAGGCGGAGGAGGAGGGGGAGAGACCCGCCACCGUGCAACAACACGGACGUCAACAACCACCACCACCACCACCCCUCCCCGCACCCAGCGACGGCCAGGGCACAGGGACACACGACAGGACGUGGACUGCGGGCGGCGGCGACGAAGUUCGCGCUGUUCCCUUCUUCCGGUGCGCCACAACGCUGCCGCUGUCCCCCCGUUCCGCACGCGGUAUCUACCACGAGUUUCGACUCCGCUCGUUCGGCGCGUUCUCCUCCUACCCGCCGCACUGCGCGUGGUUGUGUGUGUGUGUGCGCGCGCGCUGUGUGAAACUGGCCGCGUACGUUAAAAACGACCGUGCCUCUGUGCGUGCCACGAGGCGCGGCGCCCAGGUAUUUAGGAAGGGAGGAUGCUGCACGCCACGCCGCACGCGCCCGAUGUAUACAUUUAUAGGCCGGUCACACCGGAACUGCGGUAGCGGUGAAGAACGGACGGAGAGCAACUCGGGGUUUUCUUUUCUUUUAUUACCUUGGUUUCUUUUUUCUCGACGUUAUACUAGGCGUUUCUUCUGGACUGCAGCUAGAGGUGCGGGGGUAAUAGAGACCUGCGCGUGGCUUUGUGUCGCAGCACUUCGUCGCUGCUUCUUGGUGUGCUCCUGCGAGCGGCUCGGUGUCUGUCGUAUAUAUACAUAUAUCGUGUGUGCCACAUCUCGCGAGCAGGAAACAAAAGAAUAGCACUGACGGAGAUCGGCAGAUACGCGCACGUAAUAUUCCUGCAGCUUUGUCUGUAGUACGGAAGGAUCGCAAGCGCUAAACGCGGAACAUAUAAAUAUAUAUAUUUGGUGCGAGGUGCUGUUUAUAAAAACAAAACGAAAGAGAGAGAAAGCUUCCGGCGAGACAGACGACGCUCGGAGAUUGGGUAGUGAGAUUGCGUGUUUGUUAAGCCGUUGGUUCUCACUUUUAAUUUCAUUUUAUGUUUUUCGCAGCCACGGUUCACUUGUGGUCGGCGUUCUCGUCGUCAACAUCGUCGCUUUCAGGGCCGAGCGCGCCCAAAACGCUACUAGAUGUGGCGGGAGAUAGUUAAAAGAAAACGAAAUGGCUGAACCAACCUCUCCGCUGUGUGUAUAAGAAAGAAUGUGUAAGGCUGCGAGUGGCCCGCAGACCUUGCAGCCUGUGCACUGUACUCGCAAAGAUGUGCACUGUUGAAAUCUACAUGAAGCAUCGCGCUGUAGUUCUCUUUGCCGCUUCCGAUGCUGUUUGCGCACCCGUUUAUGUUUGACAUCUGAACCGAAACGCUGUUAUUCAAGAGUGGAAGAAUGAAAUAUAUAUAUAUAUAAAUAUAUGUAUGUGCAGAAGUGUAGUUCGAAAACGAGACAUCGUCUUGGCUUCUAUAACAUAUAGUGGCUAUCCGCGACAACAAGUUUGUGCUCAUUCUAAAUAUCUAACCCGACGCAUUGUAACAAGCCAUUCGCAGAAUUCCGUUGAUGUUUUCUCUAUCUCGCUCUUAUGUGUUGUUCACGUAUCUCGGUAUACUAUAUACAUAUAUAUAUCCAUAUAAAGGGAUAAGCAAACGCUGAUCGCAGGCGCGUGAAAUCUGUCGAGAUAGCAAAAGCGAUAACGUACACUCGCUGUAUAGUUUUGUAGGGUUCAGCUUCUGGCUUUCAUCAGCACGUGUCAGCGCCGGUUGAGUCGUACCGCUUAUAGCGCAUUUCAAUCGACACUCGACCCCCACCGGCCGGUUCGUGAAUUCAAAACUUUUUUCACUCCCCGUAUAAAGCCCACACACCGCGUGUCUAUGUAUAGAGGCAACAUCCGCCGCGCUCUCGCUGUUAACGCUCUCUCGGUCGACAUCGGCGCGAAUGGCGGUCGCUGUGAUUUUUUUCCACUUAAGUGCUGGCAAUAAGCAUGUUCCCUCCCCUCCCCCCUCCCCCCACUGCCCUGCCUCAUUCUCCUCUCCCCCUUUACCCGGGGACGAACAAGAAACGAAACGCGCGUAUCUCGUACGGUGUGUCUGUGUUGUGUGUGAUCGGGUUAACGGGUCUUUCUCUGUGUGCUCCUCGAGUGUAGAAGAUGCGUAGCGUGCUCUUUUCUUUCUUCGCUUUUUUUUUUUCUGUCUGGCGCGGAGUUCCGCUUCAUCGGGAAAAGGUGGCGAGAGCGUGAGUGCUGUGCUGUCGCCCCGACGUGGCGCGCAUCUCCGUGGCAGCAAGAUAUGCGGGCGAAUGAAGCCUAAACAUCAGUGAAUUAACAAUCUCGACAGAUCGUUCACUUGACAGCGCCCGACGAAACAAAGACAACCUAUACGCAAACGAAUACCGCGAAAGGUUUUCCUUCUGGCGCACUGCGAGUCGAUAACCAGCAGGCCGAAACACUAUCGAUUCAUAAUUUACGGGAGACAUACUUACUUCGGUGUGGCGUGUUGUCUUGCACGACGCCUUGUUGGAGUGACGGGCAUGUCCUCUCCACUGGCUUAGCCAGUCAAUGCGCGCUAAGAGUGAUAGAUCGCCAAUUUGACCUCGUGGCGUCGGUGUGUCCUACCGGAAGCGCCCAGCUGGUCGGUGGCAAGUGACCCGAACUAUUAUUAGGUCAUAUUACUGGGACGCGGCUUCACGCUCAAAGUGAUGACUUUGUAAUUACAAGCGCCAUAAGGGAGGCAGGUUGGUGUGGUUCAAUAAGGAAAUGUGCAGCCAUAAGAUGGAAUGAGCUGUCUCUAUAGACAAGGAUAAUUGGAGAUCGUAUGGGAGAGGCCUUUGUCCUGCAGUGGACAUAAACAGACCGAUGAUGAUGAUGAUGACGAAGUAACAAUCCUGCCCCACUUACAUUGCGACGAUGUUAUGGUUAUGACGUCACGUAACCUGUCCUUAAGUGACACAUAUCAUAUAGCGAGAUGUCGGUCUGCUUGGCGCUGAAAACGUCUCUUUUCAUCCGCCACGAGCUGUUUGAAGGUGAUACGACGCGCGCUAUAUAUGAUGAGAAACAAUGUGAAGCGGAAAAGCAUUGUAAGGUGCGACGGAGAGAAGACCUGCGACGCUCCUGAAAUGUUACACAACACCGUUAUUCAUUCGCCGCACUGCUGUAGCCUCACGCUGCUUACGGAGAUAGGAGGCCACGUUCGUUCUUCCGGGAAUAAUGGAACAGAAUCUCGUCUGCCCCGUGUAUUAAGCUUGACUUGGAUUAAGUUGUACUUGUUUUUAUUUCUGGUUUUUCUUUCUCUCUUUUUUUCUUUCUUCUUUUACUUCAUUCUCGCCACUGGUCUACACCGCUUAAUGUCAGGUACUUUCACUGUUGCAUCGCACGUGAAAAAAAAAAAAAAAAGAGCAAUACGAAACGACCAACGACGCGUGCUUUGACGUGUAUUACGCUUUCGUGCCAGACCAUGGCAGCUUGGCAGCAAACUUCGAUCUGCGUGCCGUUACAGACAUUCAGCGACAUUCAAGCGAGGCGACUGGUGGAACGUUUAACACCGAUGCCUGGUGCCUAUUUCUCUCCCGUCAUUCCCGCUGAGCCCCGGAGGUGACAGCACAGCUUCAUACGUCGCCGUUCCCUGGGGAAGGAGGAGGGGGGGAUUCAAUGCCUUCCGUUAAUAGAAUCGUGUCGUAUCCUCAGCGAUGGUGUUGAACCAGUGUGUGCACUUUAGCGCUGGCGAUCGUGGCGACGCCGUGCGGUGAUGCGGGGUAGUUUGUACAUACAUACAUGAAACAGAGACGACCCGGAAAGCGGACUGCCAGCUAAUUCUGCCUACACCGAACAGGACGGUCGAAAGAGAGGCUGUGACGACGGGGGACUGUUCUUUGUCGACAACAAUCACGUGGUGCCGAGGUGCCACGUCGCGUGUGUCUAUGUGUGCGUGUCUCUAUCUAAAGGGACCUUGCGUGUCUCGUGUCGUCGACGCCCUCUAACCGUACAGCCGCGUUCGCAGCGCACGUUCUAUAGGUGACAGUGGCUGCACUGCUGACGCUCUCGGAAUUCCAGGUGGCACACUUGACGCACGGGCUGAUUUGGGUGCUGAUCAGAUAAGUCACGAACACAGAGGUAAUGCAAGUCGUUCGACCUGUAUAUCUUUCUUUAUUCGCCUCGUUUUUUAAGGUUGUUAAAGCGCACUACUAGAUACGACCGUACUAUUCUUCUGUAGCUCUAACAAAGACAGCAAACCCGACUUGUGCGUUAAUGCUUUUGUUCGUCGCGCGAAUCCUUCCACGCUAGUUCAGUGGCACCAAAUACCGUCGCGCUUCGUGCUGGCGCGGUCUCUGUGCUCUCCCCCACCUUUCUUUCUCAAUUGCUCGGCCGGCUAACUUGGCAGGCUGGAAGAACAUCGAAAGUGUAUAACGCAGGCGCCGUAACUGCGUCCUGUCGAACUCACAAUGUAUGGUAGCAGCAUUGUUGCGCGAUACUUGCUCUCCAGAAUGCUCUUCUUAUUUUUUGUUUUGGGCCUUUUGACGAACGGCAGGUUUUUGGUUCCGCAUUAGAAGGCGUUCGCUCAAAUCGUUUACUUUAAAAAAAAUUUGUUUCAGUAUUGUGAGAUUGUGACGCAGAGGAACAUUUAGGAAUGAGUAUUUCAUCGAGUUUCAUUUGCCGUUUGUGUUCACUUGGUUGAGAGCACUUACAUGCCGGCAUCAGUAUAGAGGCCAGCAUAAAAGUUUAGAUUGCUUCCCGUUGUCUGUGCUCGGAUAACGUGUGUCUUAAAAAAACGAAAAGAUAAGGGGAACGAUGAGCUUCUGCUUGUUCAUUUGUAACCAAAGACAUCACGGGAUGGAGUACUACGAACAGAAUCGCAUAGGCACGCUGUCGAAUGAGGAACUAAUGCGGGCGGCUCUUGGCGCAUGGCAUCCGAGAUCUGCAAAGCGCGCAGUGUCGUUCGCGCGCGCCGCCUAAUCUCGGAGUCCACCAUAAGACAGACGUAACAAACAACGCGCCGAGUGAGGUAAUCUCUUAUAUUUGCCACGAAACAGUCGACGCUGGAGUGCAGAUGUCGUCGGACUAAAGAAUAAAAAAAGAAAACACUGCCUUUUGGGUUCGUGUGAGCUAGUAUUCAUCAGUGCGUGCAACAAGGCGUUCGAUUUCGGUCGCCUAGCUGACACAGACGUCUUGGAAUAUUAAGACACACAGCACCUGGUACACGGCCGGCCGCAAAUAAUGUACCUGUGGCAAACUGCGCAUGUGCUCGUUGUACAGCGACGAACGUACGCAGUUACCUCGUAGCAACGUCAUAAAACUGGCUUGACGCCAACGAUAACGCCGCAUAACCAUAUGCCGAAAGUUUCCGCCGUCUCAGGUAAAACAAGGAUUGUCAGGGACCGCUUCUGCCAUAACUCGGGAAGACGUACGGGCAUUUGCACGCGGAAACCGACUGGCGAAAUUCUCCCCGAAAAAGCGCACGAAGGUGCGGUGAAAAAAACACUACCGAUUUUAGCAAGAUGGAAGGAAAGGGCAUGAGAAGUCAGACGACUUGUCAACGUGUGUAACUGGCACACCAAACAAGAGAACACGUCUCCACCCCCUGCCGUGUUGCCGCAUGUUACUGCUGUGACCGAGCUGAUAUACCGAGUCAAGUAUGCGCAUUUACCAGCGGCAGGAAACGUUAUAGAGCAAAGGGGAUUAUAUAUAUAUAAAGCUUUAGCGCACAUUGUGCUCGAGCCGUUUCGUCACCGCGCAUGACCGACUGCGCGCGAAUCACGGAGGCCGCGCAUGCGCGCUGGCUUGGAGCGCAAAUCGGGCGUUCUUUCGCUGUGUGCCAACGUACAACCUUCGUCAAAAAGUUGCGAAGCCACUGCAGUCGUGUGUGAUGCGGUCAUCGAGUGGAGUGCGGCUGUAGCUGCAUCUUUGGUUGUUCCAAAGUUGCUCCAGCGAUUCUCACACCCGUAACAUCGGGGAGUGCCAGAGCGACAGACGUACGUCAGCGGUAGACAGGCCUCAGUACUUUUUUUUUUUUUUUUGACAGAGGCUUCUAGGUCGCGAGGCACGUCAUCCUCACAGAAGUGGGCUGAACGCUCCACGUAUGGCGCUGUGAGAACUGCACGGCGGGUGUCUGGGCUGUCGAUCUCUGUCACACUGUACUUUGAGACGCGUCUUACGCUUAACUUCUGUUAUCGUUACUCUAUUGUCAAUAAUUAACAAAACGCACGCUUUACUGGUGCGUUUAUCAGCCGCCGCUGUGAUACACGUCCGUGCGCAAAGAGUGCUGCUAUCUGGGAUUCCGCGCAUCCAGUGGAUCGCGCGCUGUGUCGCCGCUUUCUUUUUUCUUUUUUUGGGUACACCACCAACCACGCGUUCACUUUGACCCCGACCCCGGUGCCCUUGAAACACGCGAGCGGUCGCCGACCGCCUUCGACCCCGUGACCGGCGCACCGAUCGACGGGCGCCGCGGAGCCGAGGACAGCCGUCGUCUCAUCAAACAACAACAACAAAAAAACAA